AUGACCACGUCUCUGGCCCGCUUGCGCUGCCCUCAAUGGCGGCUACAAGCCCGAAUCCUCUACGUGCGGAGCUUCUCAGACGUUAAACGUCCCUCGUCCGCGCCAAAGCCCAUCGUGGACAUCAAGCACAUUCGGCAAAACCCGGAGCUCUAUGAAAACACAUGUCUGGAGCGCAACUACAAGCGCCAGGCGGCGCAUCCCGCAAGGAUCGGACGGCUGCAUGCCGAGUGGCAGCAGCUGCAGAAGGAUGGUCGUGCGCUGAGGGAGAGGUCCAACUUGCUGAGAAAAGAGCUGGCGAACUCGGCGACGAGCUCUGACGACGAGGACUUGAAGGAUGUGAAGCAGAUGAGCCGGGACAAGGUCCAGGAGGAGGCUCGCGCGCUCAAGAGCGAGCUGGUUGUGAUUGAGAAGAAGGAGGCCGAUGCGGUUGCGCAGAUGGAGGAGCUGGCGCUGGAGAUUCCCAACCUCACCAGCGCCGACACGCCGAGGGGGGACGAGGCCGAGGUCUUGAGCUACAUCAAUGAGCCGCCGAGCUUCGAGCAAGGGCCGGAGCAGCUCUGGAGGUCGCAUGUCCACAUUGGCGCCGAACUGGGCAUUCUCGACUUUGCCGGAGCGGCGACGGCAUCUGGCUGGGGCUGGUACUACCUGCUUGGCGAGGCAGCACAGCUUGAACAGGCUCUCAUCCAAUAUGCCCUCACCGUUGCUACCAAGCACGGAUGGACGCAGGUGUCGCCUCCCAGCAUGGUGUACAGCCACAUUGGCGCCGCGUGCGGCUUCCAGCCCCGAGACCAGAACGGCGAGCAGCAAGUCUACUCCAUUGCCCAGUCUCAGGCCGACAUCGACCGCGGAGUGCCUGAAAUGAGUCUUGCCGGGACGUCAGAGAUCCCCCUCGCCGGCAUGAAGGCCAUGUCCACCAUCGACGCCGUGGACCUGCCCCUGAAGCGAGUCGCCGUGUCGCGAUGCUACCGCGCCGAGGCCGGAGCCCGCGGCGCCGAGACAAAGGGCCUGUACCGCGUGCACGAGUUCUCCAAGGUCGAGAUGUUUGCGUGGACCAGCCCCGACGAGUUCGAGGCCCGCGAGGUCUUUGACGAGAUGCUCGACAUGCAGACCGAGAUCCUCUCGUCCCUGGGGCUCUACUGCCGCGUGCUCUCCAUGCCCUCCACCGACCUGGGCGCCUCGGCCACCCGCAAGAUCGACAUGGAGGCCUGGUUCCCGAGCCGCGAGCACCACAGCGGCGGCUGGGGCGAGGUCACCUCCGCCAGCCUGUGCACCGACUACCAGACGAGGCGCCUCGCCACGCGGCUCAAGACGAGCAGCGGCAGGCUGAGCUUCCCCUGGACGGCCAACGGCACGGCGCUGGCGGUGCCGAGGGUGCUGGCCGCGCUGCUGGAGAACGGGUGGGACGAGGAAGAAGGCACCGUGACUAUCCCUGAGUGUCUGCGGCCGUGGAUGGGCGGGCAGGAGAAGAUUGGGCCGUCUGCGCGGAGGAAGAAGGAUGGGAAUGCGGGUGAGAUGAUGGCAUAA